AUGCUGGUAUGGCAACGCUGCAGGGAAGCACGCGAGGAGGAGGAGGAUGAGGAGGAGGAGGAGGACGAGGAGGCGGACGAUCAGCAGCUGCUGCGGCAGCAGCGGUGUUUCGGCCUGUCUUGUGGCCCGGGCGGGAAUUCUGGUGCAAGCUACAAAGCCGGCAAAGGCGGCAAGAAUCGUCAUGACGUUGAAGAUAGUGGUAGAGGUGGUAUUGAUGGAGGCAGGGUUGAUGAUGAUGGUAGAGCAAGGGUGGGGAACGAGGGUGCAGGCUCUAUUGUGGGUUAUGUUGAUGCUGGUUGCUCCUCCAAUCCCUUCUCAUGUGUUCCCGCCUCUUCAACCAGCUUCCACGGCAGCAGCAGCAGCAGUAGCAGCAGCACCAUCACAACCACCACCGCCGCCGCUGCUACAGCCCAGACCGUUAAGGGUAGUGCUGGUUGCCUGCCUCGUUUCGAACCACUUCCCACCGCAUCCCACCGCGCCUCUUCUUCUUCCACCGAUCCAUCUCCUACUCCUGGCAAUGGCACUUCUAGCUCUUCAGGCCGAGCAGUCUCUAGUGUCGCUGCGUCGUGCCUAGGGGGCCCUGUCUGGCCCAAUCCGUCCAAUGCAAUGGGCAUUGCACUGGCCCGUGCAGCGUGCGUGGGAAUGUCAGGCAAGGGCAGCAAGCGGCCGGAUCCGUCCAUUGUUCCGUCCAUUGCUCUGGCCCGUGCAGCGUGCGUGGGAAUGUCAGGCAAGGGCAGCAAGCGGCCGGAGGUGCUAGAGCCACUGCUGGAGGAAGGCAGUGAGGAGGGUGGGGGUAGAGGGGAGGAGGUUGGGGAGGAGGAAGGGGAUGAGGAGAGUUGGGUGCGUGGUGCGUAUAAGGAUGGAGAGUUGGGUGGUGGUGCGUAUAAGGAUGGGGAGUUGGGUGGUGGUGCGUAUAUGGAUGCUGCUGCUUCUGCUGCUGCUGCUGCUGCUGUGGUUGAAGGGGAUGCUGUGUUUGAUUCUGGAUCUGCGGACAUGGACGAUCUGAUGGAUAAAUUCAACAAGGUGAGAAGAAAGGGGGAGAAAUUCAACAAGGUGAGAAGAAAGGGGGAGAAAUUCAACAAGGUGAGAAGAAAGGGGGAGAAAUUCAACAAGGGCAAGGAGUGGAGCCGUGAGCGCUACCUGGAUCCCAAGAACAUCCAGAGGCAGCAAGCCUACUCCGCUUCUUCCCUUUUGAGGGGGCCUGAAAGUCCAGUUUUCCUCCCUACUUCCCCCCCCCCCUUCCUGCAGGGCAGGGAGUGGAGCCGCGAACGCUACCUGGAUCCCAAGAACAUUCAGAGGCAGCAAGCCUACUCCGCUGCCUCCCUCCUCCCCGACUUCUCUUCCCCGGGCAACUCUGCAAGAAAACGCUCCAGCCCAUCCGCACGCGGCUCUGGUGUCUUUGCGUCAGCCGGCUCUGCGUCUGCCUCUGCGUCUGCUGCUGGGUCUCCUGUGUCUGCCUCGCCGUCCCAGCGGCACCGGCGCCGCCCCAGCUGGGGAUCGGUGCAAGGCUCGCCUGCUUUCGCUUCCAACCGCCCCUCCACUGCCUCUGGAUCCUUUUUCCAUGCUUCCAGUGCCGGCGGUGCUUCCAGUGCCGGCAGUGCUGGCAGUGCUGGCAGUGCUGCCGAUGCAGAUGCUUCUCCCGCCGCUGCCUCUCCUUCCGGUCGACCUGAUUCCUCCUCAGGUCUUGGUCUCACAAAUGAACCUCCUCCUGCACGCCCUUCCACUGCUUCAGGCAUCUUCUUCCACUCCUCCAGUGCUGGUGAAUCUCCUGCUGCUGGGGCCAGGCAGGAGCAGCAGCAACAGCAGCAGAGGAACCAGGCUGUCAGGCUGCGUAAGGCGGCUCGUGUUCAUCGCCGGAGUGCAUCGUAUGACGUCACACAGAAGCCAGGAACCAGCAUUAAGGAGGAAGUGGGGAAGAAGUUGGCAAACCUUGACAAGGUUCUGUCACCGGGAUCCACAUUUGAUGCGGAUGCGAGCGUCGAGCCCAAGUACAAAGGGGUUCAACGAGUUCGUGCCUUCCGGCUUUCUAAGUCACCUCAGCCUAAUCCCUGA